ACAGGUGGCGUGCUGCUCUGAUCAGAAUGGCUCUUCACCGCCAAAAGUCACGGCGAUCGUGUGGUCUGGUACUGUGGUUCUAUCCGAAUUGUAGUCUAUGAAAUAAUGUAAGUUUUCCAAUGCUUAUGUCAAUGGAAAUAGUUAGGAACAGUAUUAGUCUAGGCGUGAAGUCUAGUUGUGAUCGGGUGCUGUUUUGCAAGGCCAUGUGAUAACUGCCUGUAGCUGCAUCAUUCCUGCAUCAAAGGAUGCCUGGAGUCUCAGCAAUGGAGCAGAGCAAGCCUGCCAAGUGGGUGGUGGAUCCAUCAGCUCCUGAGUUUGUGGAGGGCUGGAGCAUUGUUCAGACACUCGGUGAAGGAGCAUUUGGAGAGGUUCGGCUCCUGAUAAACCGCGUGAGUGGAGAAGCCGUUGCCCUCAAGAUGGUUGACCUGAUCAAACAUCCUGAAGCAGAAACCAAUGUCAAGAAGGAAAUGCUUAUUCACAAACUCUUGAAGCAUCCCAACAUAAUCAAGUUUUUUGGAUGCCGUAGAGAAGCCCACAUGCAGUACAUGUUCCUGGAGUACGCGGUGGGUGGAGAGCUCUACGACAGAAUUGAUCCUGAUAUCGGCAUGCCUCUACACCUCGCUCAGCGGUUCUUCAGGGAACUUGUUUUGGGAGUUAGCUAUCUUCACGAUAAAGGGAUUGCUCACCGCGAUAUCAAGCCGGAAAAUCUGCUGCUAGAUGCCAGCGACACUCUGAAGAUCACGGACUUUGGCUUGGCGACACUGUUUCGUCACGGAGGCAGAGAACGGUUCUUGAACCGACGCUGCGGCACACGUUCCUACAUGGCACCAGAAGUGCUUGCCGAUACAGAGUACCGUGCGCAACCUGCAGACCUUUUUGGCUGUGGCGUUGUGCUUGUGGCAAUGCUGGCCGGAGAAUUGCCUUGGGACGAACCAACGGUGACGUGUGACCAGUUUAACAUAUGGAAGCGUCGUGAUGCGUCUUAUCUGAACAGCACACCGUGGACGAAGGUAAGCACGUGCGUGCUGAGUCUUCUACGACGACUUUUGCACCCCACACCUGCCCAGCGCAUGAAUAUCAAGCAAAUUCUCGAGCAUCCCUGGAUGGUGAAACAUAUCGCCGAGACUGGAGAUUUGCCGAAGAAGCGAUCGAGACACGAUAACGAAUGGAUAUCGAACAAACGGAUGUGCAGUGAAUUAGAUAGCAGCUUCCCAGCUGCAUUCGACGAACGUCAUGCAUGCAGUCAACCGCAGCCUACAGCGCGAGCUCAGCCUGCUGAAGUGAACAUCUGUGCUGCCGCUGAACUCGACACAGACACGUUGUGCUUCUCACAACCAGCCAAACCCGACCAUCUCCUGCUAGCCUGCAGCCCAAGUGAUGGCGAUGUCUCCAACAUGACGGCUGGUGGAGACAGAUGCACUCCACUGCAAAAACUAGUCCGGAGAAUGACGAGAGUUCUCGUGAGUUCGUCGAUGGCAGACACACUCAAGCAUCUCAACGAUCUCUUCGAAAAACUGCAUUACCGGACUACGUCUCACUCCCCUAAUGUGCUGACUGUGUCGACGGUAGAUCGACGUGGGGCAGCGUUAGUAAUGAAAGCAACUGUACUGAACAUGGGAGCCCACAUUUUAGUGGACUUCAGACGCUCUAAAGGCUGCGGCCUUGAUUUCAAACGGCAGUUCAUCCGCAUCAAGGAGGAACUUUCUCACAUCAUCGUCAAAGGCCCUGUUACUUGGAGUCUAGCGAAUGCCAGCAAUAUGUUACCUGCAUAGCUUGUGCUAAUUGAGAUGCUUCCGUACAGCGUUUCUUUACACAGGCUUCGAUACCAUUAGUGUUAAUUCGGUACAUUUUGUGUAAUGAGUAGUGAUUGCCUUAUGUGAUUAUUUCUCCUUUGGUGCGGUUGUAGUGCCUCUGGUUUCUUAGGCGGAAUGAAUUUCUAAGCACGAAAAAUAAAUUAUAAUAUAGAGGUUUUAUCUAUGGAGAAAAGCGCUUGUAAGGAAACUAGAUUAUUAUUGCAAUUUUACUAGAUUCCGUACGCGUUGAAUUGAAUUAUUGAAUUAAGAGUAUUGUGCCUUGAAGAACUAUACCGCGCCUAAAGUAUGGUAAAAUUUAAAUCGUACAGAACAUAUUUAUUCAUAACCUGGAAUGGUAGGAGUUUACUCAUUCGAUGUUUAGGAGCGUCACAAAUUGAGAAGAUUUUUGGCGCCAUUUACUUUUUAAAGAUGCUUAACAUAAGCGCAAGUUAAUCUCCAAACAUGAUUAUGAAUGUGCCUUCCCUGAUGCUAAGUACCUGAGUAAAUGUCACUAAGUCAUUUGUACAUUCCUCAUAGGAAACUAGAUAUUUUAGUGUUGCCGUAUUACAGUAUCGUCAACAGUCGGACCAAUAAUGGAUAUUCUAGAAUCGGCUGAGUGUAUGGAUGGUAUGGAAGGACAGAUGUGCUGCACGCUUGUAAAUUCAGAAACUCGUCUUUUGUUGUAAGCGGUUUGGCAAUACACUUGCACGUAGAGCAUAUUUCAUACCAGUUGAGUAUUUGAAAUAUCGGGUAAUUUAGUCCUGACAUGUGGUUUUAUUUUUUGCUAUCCAAUUCAUAAGGUUUUUUGUUGAAGCUGCUUACAUAUGGUGCAGGGAUAGUGUAGUCCAUUCAAGCUGUUGUUUUGGACUGUCGGUGUUCACUACUGAUCGUGAACGAGUCACAAACUUCCAGAGGACUGUUUUUUUUUUUUCGCAAAACUUUCCGACGUUGACCUGGAGGUAUUUAGUUUUUUCAUUUCCAAAUGGGAUUCGCUGCUAUAGUAGGGCCUAUGGAAUCUAUUUUUUUAUCUCGUUUUGUUCCACUGCAGUCAUGUAAUACAGCUUUUCCAGCUGUCGUUCAUUUAGUCAUUAUCUACUUGGAAAUUGGAGGAGUCUCAUUCUACAUCUUAGUUUCUUGUAUCAUAGUUCUACGAACUUGUACGUAAAACUGUAAAUAAAGUUUUUCAAAACCAA